UGCAUGGCUGCAACACGCAGAAUGUGAAAAGCCUCUGAAAUACACCAUGUUGGUGCCCCAGGCUCAUUCUGCUCUGACCUAAGUGUCCUUUUUUCUCUGGACCACAACCUUCCCAAGAAUGAGGACCUGUUCUUGCUCCCUGCUGGACCCCUGCCUCCAGCAAGAUGCUGAGUACACAGACGACCCAUAGGUGAACUGCUCCUGUUUUCCAGUGUGAUUGUCCUGCUCCAGGUGGUAUACAGCUGCCCAGAUAAGUGUCGCUGUCAGUCAUCUACAAAUUUUGUAGACUGCAGCCAGCAGGGUCUGGCCAAAAUCCCUUCCCAUUUACCUCCUCAGACUCGAACGCUGCAUUUACAAGAUAAUCAGAUACACCAUCUUCCUGCUUUUGCAUUUAGGUCAGUGCCAUGGCUCAUGACCUUAAACUUGUCCAACAAUUCUCUUUCAAAUCUGGUCCCUGGAGCUUUCCAUGGGCUUCAGCACUUGCAGGUUUUAAAUCUAACCCAGAAUUCACUCCUUUCCCUGGAAAGCAGACUUUUCCAUUCCCUCCCUCAGCUGAGGGAGCUUGAUUUGUCAUCAAACAACAUAAGCCACCUUCCCACAUCCCUGGGAGAGACUUGGGAGAACCUAACUAUACUUGUGGUUCAACAAAACCAGCUUCAGCAGCUUGAUCGAGCGCUCCUGGAAUCCAUGCCCAGUGUGAGGCUUUUACUUCUCAAGGACAACCUCUGGAAAUGCAAUUGCCACUUGCUCGGUCUUAAACUCUGGCUGGAGAAAUUUGUCUAUAAAGGGGGAAUAACAGACGGCGUCAUCUGUGAAUCACCAGACACCUGGAAGGGAAAGGACCUCCUUAGGAUCCCCCAUGAGCUGUACCAGCCCUGUCCUCUUCCUGCUGCUGAUCCAGUGUCCUCGCAGGCUCAGUGGCCCAGCUCUGCCCACGGUGUUGUCCUGAGGCCUCCUGAGAACCACAACGUGGGGGAGCGAGACCUCUUGGAGUGCGAGCUCAAACCCAAGCCAAGGCCGGCCAAUCUGCGUCAUGCCAUUGCCACUGUCAUCAUCACUGGCGUUGUGUGUGGGAUUGUGUGCCUCAUGAUGUUGGCAGCUGCCAUUUAUGGCUGCACCUAUGCGGCAAUCACAGCCCAGUACCAUGGGGGACCCUUGGCUCAAACCAAUGAUCCUGGGAAGGUGGAAGAAAAAGAGCGAUUUGACAGCUCACCAGCCUGAGAGCUUUUGUCUCAAACAGGAUUGGUCAUUGCAGGCCAGAAGACAGUGUCUGAGUAGGGCUGAUGUGUUUAAUGUUAGUCUCAUUUUGCUUUUGCCAAAAGACAAAAAAAAAAAAAAAAAAAAGAUGUGUCUGUAAAAAAUAUUUCUGGGGAGGAAUUUAUGUUGCGAUUUUAAAAAUACCAUAGGCAAAAUAGAGAUGAUACUUGUG